AUGGGCGAGCUCUCAGCGCGGGGCUCUUUUCGCAGUGCUCCAAGAAAAGUCCAGUGGGCUUUGAUGGCCGCUGAUGACCUUCACAAGUUCAGACAGUGUCUCUCCGCGCAGCUUGAUCUUGUCAAAAUCGUGAUACAAACCAGCAUCCUGUCAAUUGUAGGAAACCUCAACCAGCCAGAGUCUGUCCACACACGCCCACCCCGGGGCUUGCUUGAGACUUCAGGACCAUAUGGAAGUGCACAUCGAAUGCAGCCUUAUCUCACUUGGGACUCGAACAUCGUCGAUGGAAAUAGUCUAUUUCGCAGAGUAGAUGACCUCAGUAGCCUCGUGUACGAGCGUCUCCUAACGAAACCAAACAUACCAUCACAACCUCUCGGAAAGGCGUAUACGCUUCCAACCGAUUUCGAUGCCAGCACAGCGCCUCCACCGCUCGAAAAAAUAUCAAAAGGCAAAGUCCUUCAAUCGACUGCCGCCUCAGAGGUAGCGAUUGUGGGGGGAAGUGAUGCUAUUACUAGAACUGCCAAAACGGAAAAGACUGAACACGACACUCUUGCUAGUGAAAUGAAUGAGUAUUUGCGCUCUCUGGAUUUGGACGUAUUGUCCGCUCAGGAGGAAGAAGAACUAGACCAAAAUGAAAAUGGCUCCCAAAAGCUUCUUUUGGACCCAUCGACAAGAGUAGCCACAACGCCGCACAUUCCUGACCACAACAAAAGUGAAGGUCACUCACGCCUACCUGACUCAGGUUCUAAUAGUCGACCAAAGCCAAGAAAUUUCUUUCAACGACAAAGGCCUCAAGUUGCUAUGAGCAUCUCCAAUCUUGGGCUUGCAAGUAGCAUUUUGCAGUGUGUUGAACUUGCCGCAUCACUUUCAUUAAAGUCAAGCACUAUCUUUCGUGAUUCACGCAACGCGCCUCAAGAGUUAGAGGCCCUUUCAAAGAGGCUGAUACAGUAUUCAGGGCUUCUUAAAACCGCCGCCGAGGUCGUUCGCACUUCAAUGCCCACCGGAGAGCUGCAGGAGAUGUGUGGCGAAACAGUUAAAGACAGCUUGGAGUCAAUGGAGAAAGUGGAGAUUAUUCUUUCCAAAUUCCAAUUGCCAGCCCGUCGCCAAUUCCCCAUGAUGUUGAAGCUCCUUAUCCAAUGGCCGAUUCAUAAAACUGAAAUCGAUAUUAUUAUGGAAGAGAUGGAGUCGCUCAAGUCGACGCUUGCGGUUAUGCUGCAAUUAUAUCAGAUCAAGACGUUUGAACGCAUAAGCAUGAUGGCUGAACGAAUGUCAAUUGCACCACAGAGGGUGGUCAGUGAGCAGAAGCUUAUUAACACUAGCCGUGAGGUGGUUGGUGACGUCGUCUCGGGAAGUGCCUUUAAGUGCUCAACCUCUUCGAAUCCCGUUCCAGGUCCUCUAGUUAUAUCUUUGAUUGAAGAAAUUCAAAGAGCGAGAUGGUGGAUUAACAAUGUUGUGUCAGACACAGUCUGCCCGUGGUGCUAUGUUGGCAAGAAGAGACUUGAGAAGGGCAUCGAGCUCUAUCGCGCGGCUCAUCCAGAGUCCAACGACACCUUCUCGAUCUCCUGGUCCCCCUUCUAUCUACACCCAAAUGCGCCCAAUCCCGGAAUCGACAAGCAGGAAUACUACAACCAGCGAUUCGGCCCCGAGCGGGCACGCAUGAUGCACGCUCGAGCCGCACAGGCGGGACUCGCCGAGGGGAUCCGAUUCAAAUUCGGCGGACGCACGGGAAACACCAGAGACUCCCAUCGGCUCAUCCAGCUCGGCAAAACCAAGGGGGAGGCGACGCAAACGCGGGUGGUCGAGGAGCUGUUUGCUUCCUAUUUUGAGAACGAGGGGGAUAUCACCUCGCACCAUGCGUUGACGCAGGCUGGCGUCAAAGCCGGGUUAGAUGAAGCGGAGGUCAAGGCGUGGCUUGAAAGCGACCAGGGGGGUGCAGAAGUUGAUAGUGAGGUCAGGAGCGCUCAGCGGUCGUUUAUAUCUGGAGUGCCUAAUUUCACUAUCCAAGGGAAAUAUCAGCUUGGCGGCGCAGAGAAUGCUGAAGCAUUUGUUGAUAUUUUCGAGGCGGUCAAGAAAGCGGAGGGGCCGUGA